GCCGACGUCGCGCACGCCCGCGGCUCCCGGCCGGGGUCGCUCUUGUUGCCCAGCGCGGCGUCCGCGGCGAGACCCCCGAGCUCCGCAGGGCUGCGGGGAGGUAUAUAAGAGUUAAAUUCGGAAUAAGUCUACAGGUAGAAUGGACAGUUACUUUAAAGCAGCUGUAAGUGACUUGGACAGACUCCUUGAUGAUUUUGAGCAGAACCCAGAUGAACAAGAUUAUCUUCAAGAUGCACAAAAUGCAAAUGAUUCUAACCACUGCUCAGUUUCAUCAGAGUUAGCUUCCUCACAGCUAAUAUCACUGCUCCCAAAGGAUCAACAAUGCAUCGAUAGUUGUGGCUCAUCAGAAACAUGCUAUGAAGCAAAUGAGAUUUCCUUGAAUGAAAAAACCCUUGAGGGACGAACUGCUGUACAAAAUGAAAAAAAUGUGACGGGACUGGAUCUGCUUUCUUCUGUGGAUACCAAUGCUUCAGAUGAAACCCAGCCUUCAUAUAUGGGACGGUGUAGUAAACCUCUGUGUGAUUUGAUAAGUGACACGGGCAACUUAGUUCAUGCAACUAGUAGUGAAGAGGAUAUUAAACAAUUAUUGCCAGAUGAUAUUAAGUCUAGUGUAGAUUCUUUGAUUGGAUGGGACUUAUCUUCAGUGUCAGAUACACCCUGUGUUUCUCCAACAGACCAUGGUAGUAGUACUGUCAGAGAAGAACAAAAUGAUAACAACUCUGAAUUACAAAAUAAAGAAAUCACUGGAACCAAAGAAUUAGGUUUAGAAACAGACACAGCACUUUUAGAUUCUAGUAAUUAUGACAGAACAGAAAGUUUAGAAGAUAAAAAGAUCUCUAACAAGCUAGAACCAGUUAUUGAGUUUAACACAUCAUCUGCUUUGACUCAACAAAGUUCCAAAAUAUUUGAUGCCAAAGACGACCUACAACACAAGAGUCAGCCACUUGAAUCCUUAAAAGAUGAUGGCUGUUUGGAAAAAGAGGAGGUAGUAGAUGCGGCUGUCAUUAUUGCCACAGAAUAUUUAAAAGAAGGAAGUAGCACAAGUGCUUUGCCUUGCAGUCUUACAAAAAAUGAAGGUUUAUACUUAAAUGAUUCACAUUCAGAAGAUGAAAAUUUCAAAUUACCUGAUUUAUCCUUUGAGGAAGAUAGACCUGCUUUAUUCAUAAAGCAACUUGCUGAUGAAGACUUCAGAAGUUUAGAUUUUAAAGACAGUAAUGAUACAAUGCAGGACUGCUCUUCAGCUUCACACGCUUCCAAAGAAGAUGUCUCCUCCCCGCUGUCCUGUCUGCCUCUGGCUGGGUCUUUGUGUGGAGCGGUAAUGGAAAGUAAAGCGCACGGUGAUUUUUCACCACAGAGUGAAGAUAAGGCUAGUGUGCAAGGUGCAGUGACUGUGCGGGAAGUACAGAAGCGCAUUCCGCAUGGGGAGCCGUGCAGAGAGGCGGAGCUGUUGAAAGAGGAGACAUGUAAAAGCACACUUCUUCAGCCGUUAAUAGAGAAGGUGGGGGAUGGAAAGGUGGAUCCUGACCAGACAGUAAUCCGAGGUGAAUCUUUGAGUUACCCUGGUACCGCCUGUACCGCCUCAGGACCCCAAAUGGAGCUUCCUGGUGCUGCCGCGCCAGAGCCUCCCGAUCCUUGUGAAGGCCUCACUUUCUCAUGCAGCGAUAUGGAUGGGCAAGACUUGGAUUACUUUAAUAUCGAUGAGAGCAUGAAAAGUGCCGCACUAGUUAGUGAUGCCGAGCUUGAUGCCUUUUUGAGAGAGCAGUAUCUUCAGACCACUAGCAUACAGUGUUUUGAAGAAAAUGUGAAUGACUCAAAAUCUCAGAGCAGUCCAGUAGAUAGGAAAGGCUUAGGAAAUGGAAAUGUUGAUAAUAUAUAUUUUAAUGCCGAAGCAGGAGCUGCUAUGGAAAGUGGUAAUAUUAAUAUGAUUUGUGAAACAGUUGAUAAACAAACUACAAUAGAAAAUAAUGCACUUUCUUUAGGGCAAAAAAGCACAAUUUCAGGUGAACAAGGGUUACCUACCAGUAAGUCUGAGAUGAUGAGUGAGUUACCAGUCUCUGAUACUAACAGUCAGUCUGUUUAUGUUGGAGGGGCCAGACCUAAGCAAUUAUUUAGCCUUCCAUCAAGAACAAGGGGUUCAAAGGAACGGAAUAAGCUGGAUGUUCCAGAUAUGCCAGAAAGCAAACCCAGCAUAGCGAAUAGCAUCGCUCCAACCACUUGUACUGCAGAUCCUGCAGCUGAUCCUCAGGCUAACUUCAACUCUAAUUACAUCGAUAUAGAAAGUAAUUUUGAAAGUAGAGCCAGUCUUGUAACUGCAAAUGAAGAUUCUGUGCCUGAAAACACAUGUAAAGAAGGCUUGGUUUUGGGCCAGAAACAACCUACAUGGGUCCCAGAUUCAGAAGCUCCAAACUGCAUGAACUGCCAAGUCAGGUUUACUUUUACAAAACGGCGACACCACUGCCGAGCAUGUGGGAAAGUGUUUUGUGGUGUCUGCUGUAAUAGGAAGUGUAAGCUGCAGUAUCUAGAAAAGGAAGCAAGAGUGUGCGUAAUCUGCUACGAGACAAUCAGUAAAGCUCAGGCAUUUGAAAGGAUGAUGAGUCCAACUGGUUCUAAUCUUAAAUCUAAUCAAUCUGAUGAGUGUGCCACUGUCCAGCCUCCUCAGGAGACCCAAACAGCCAGUGUCCCUUCACCUUCACCUUCGCCAAUCUCAGCACUUAAACAACCAGGUAUUGAAGGACUGUGCUCCAAAGAACAGAAGAGAGUGUGGUUUGCAGAUGGCAUAUUGCCAAAUGGUGAAGUUGCAGACACAACAAAAUUAUCAACCGGAGGUAAAAGAUGUCCUGAUGACUUCAGUCCUCCCUCACCUGAUGUGCCGACGAUGGCAAACACAGUGGAUCAUGUCCAUUCUUCUACAGGGGAAAAACCGAACAAUGAAUUAGGAGAUACUACAAAAACCGAGAUAAUUCAGAGUCCUGUUUCUCAGGUUCCUUCUGUGGGAAAACUGCCUGUAUACGCAGGAACGGAGCGCUUGCCUCCUCCCGCUUCUGUACUAGACGAUGAUGUUUUUACAGAAAGUGAAGAGCCUUCUGCCCCUCCUGCUGUCCCAGCUAACAGCACUAGGCCUGCUGCGGGUACUUCAGACUACCAGCUCCUGUGUGGGAUUGAAAAGUGUGUUUGCAGUAAGGUUAGUCUGCUACCUGAUGAUGAGGACAGUUUGCCCCCACUUCUCAUUGCCGCUGGAGAAAAGGGAUCAGUGCCCUUAGUUGAAGAGCACCCAUCUCAUGAGCAGAUCAUUGUGCUUCUUGAAGGUGAAGAGGGUCGUCCUGUUACAUUUAUCCUAAAUGCUAACCUCCUCGUGAAUGUGAAGUUAGUAUUUUAUUCCUCAGACAAAUAUUGGUACUUCUCAACCAAUGGAUUGCAUGGCUUGGGACAGGCAGAAAUUAUUAUUCUGUUGUCGUGCUUGCCAAAUGAAGAUACUAUUCCUAAGGACAUCUUCAGACUGUUUAUCACCAUAUAUAAGGGUGCUCUAAAAGGAAAAUACAUAGAAAACUUGGACAAUAUUACAUUCCCUGAGAGCUUUCUAAAUGACAAGGACCAUGGAGGAUUCCUGUUUAUUGCGCCUACUUUUCAGAAACUUGAUGAUCUCCCCUUACCAAGUUGUCCUUUUCUUUGUGGAAUUCUUAUUCAGAAGCUGGAGAUUCCCUGGGCAAAGGUUUUUCCCAUGCGUUUAAUGUUGAGAUUGGGUGCAGAAUAUAAAGCAUAUCCUGCCCCACUUACCAGCAUCAGGGGCCGAAAGCCUCUCUUUGGAGAAAUAGGCCACACUAUCAUGAACUUACUUGUUGACCUUCGAAAUUACCAAUAUACCUUGCAUAAUAUAGACCAGCUGUUGAUUCAUAUGGAAAUGGGGAAAAGCUGCAUUAAAAUACCUCGGAAAAAAUACAGUGAUGUAAUGAAAGUGAUCAAUUCUUCUAAUGAGCACGUCAUCAGCAUUGGAGCGAGUUUCAGUACGGAAGCCGACUCUCACCUGGUCUGUGUACAGAGCAAUGGAGUUUACCAGACACAGGCCAGCAGUGCCACAGGCCAGCCCAGGAAGGUGACAGGUGCAAGUUUUGUGGUAUUCAAUGGAGCACUGAAGACAUCUUCAGGAUUUCUUGCUAAGUCCAGCAUUGUUGAAGAUGGCUUAAUGGUACAAAUAACUCCAGAGACCAUGGAUGGCUUGCGGCUCGCUCUACGAGAACAGAAGGACUUCAGAAUUACAUGUGGGAAAGCUGACGCGGCAGACCUGAGAGAAUAUGUGGACAUCUGCUGGGUAGACUCAGAAGAAAAAGGAAACAAAGGUGUUAUCAGUCCAGUGGAUGGACUGUCACUGCAAGGAUUUCCAAGCGAGAAGAUAAAACUGGAAGCAGACUUUGAAACUGAUGAGAAGAUCGUCAGGUGCACUGAGGUAUUCUACUUUGUAAAGGACCAGGAUACAUCUGUUUCAUCACCUCGUUACCAGUUUGCCAAGGAAAUAGCUAUGGCUUGCAGCGCUGCACUGUGCCCUCAUCUGAAAACUCUGAAGAGUAGCAGGAUAAGUAAGAUUGGACUCAGAGUUUCCAUCGACACCGACAGGGUGGAAUUUCAGGCAGGGUCUGCAGGCCAGCUUCUGCCUCAACGUUACCUGAAUGACCUGGACAGUGCGCUGAUCCCUGUGAUCCACGGUGGGACUGCCGGCUCUAGUUUACCGCUAGAAAUAGAACUGGUCUUUUUCAUUUUAGAAAACCUUUUUUAGUGAAAAGAUGUUCCCCACUAUGCAUUGCAAACUGAUUUGUUAAACCUACUGCUAGCGCUGAAGCUGAAAUGCCACAAACACUAAAAGUAAGUAUGAUUGGUGUUCAAAACACAUAUGCUUUGCUUUUUGGCAGCCAUGAUAUUUUUAAAACAUGAGCACAAUAUUUAAGUAUCUGAACAUUUGAGGGGUCCACAGUUUUUAGAGCUUUACUAAAAACACAAGAAUUUCUUCUACCUUCAAGGCAUUUGUAGCAUUUACUCUUAUUUAAACGCUAAGCCAAAGCAUCUGCACUUAGGUGUAGCUCUUCAUGCCAAGAAGGAUUUUAACGAAGGCGCUGUUCAGAUUUUGCUUGGGAAGGAGACGUCUGUGUUGCGAGUGUGCCAGCUGGAACGCUGACUUCUGACGUCUGUCAGUGUAUUUCAGUGGCACGGGCCAGUUUCAGGAUCGCAGAAUUAUUUGAAUAAAGCUGAUAACUUAUUUGUAUAAACUGGAGUGGAGACCUACCUCCAUGAUUAGAAAAACUGUUUGGAUUAAAUUCAGAAUUUUGCCUUUUUUCUUCUCAAAUUAUUUUAUAUAUACGUAUAUAUAAUUUUCCUGAUUAAAUGGGUAUUGUUAAAAUAAGUGUGGGUGCUUCAAGAUUUUGUGCUUCUGUAUUUAUGUUGUUUUUAUAGCAAAGAACAUAUGAUUUGGUAUGUAUUUUAUAAAUCCUUAAUAUUUAUACACAGUCAAUAUUUUUGUAUCACAUGAUUUUUCCUCCUCUUCUUCCAAAGCGUAAUAGUAUGGUUACCACCUCAGAGAGUGUCUGAGAACAGGCCGGGGACCCUUGAGGUCGGCAUGGUGUAGCCACAGGUGCAGCCUGAAGCAGAUGUUUGUUUUCUUUCUUUCUUUCUUUUUCUCACUUUCACAUUAAUCUUUAGAAAUUUCCUGGAAACCCUAAGGAACUUUUUCAUACUUUAAAUUCUUUAUAUGCUGGUUAUUUUUAUAAAAGGAUAUUAACACAAGUUAAAUUCUUUAUAUUUGAAACUUGACAGAGCUCUCCUCUUCAAACAGCAAAAAAAAAAAAAAAAAAAAAAAAAAAAUUAUUGGGGGCCAUGGGGAAAGGGGAGAAAGAAAAUAAAGGGCAUUUAUUAAUAUAUUCUGUCAUUUGAGGUAUAUGAAAUGUAACCAGCUUGACGGUUUUUCUUGUUACAUGAAAUGUUUUUGUAUCAAAAACACUCAUUGUGUAUCUCAAGAAAAAGAAACUGUACUAAAUUCUUAAGAAAAAUAUUUAUGAAGCAUUUCAACUUGAAGAUCAAAUCAAGUUUAUAACUCAGGAUCUGAAGUGUCAGGCUAGGAGAGACUGAGAAUGUUAAUCAGUUUGGGCAUGUCCUCCCUACUGAACCACACCUGCAGAACUAGCUAGACAUGGGAUGAAGGAGAAGGCAGUCUUCUGGAAACAACUACUUUAUAAACAGUGUAAAAUGUUGCAGAUGUCAAAUAAAAUAGCAGCAUAUUUAUAA